AUGGCCGAGGCAAAUAGAUCGCUGUCAGCAUGUCUGCGCUGUCGCAAGAAGAAGCUCAAAUGCGGAGGCCCCAGUCAGAUUCCAUGCCAACGAUGCAGAACGAGCAGAGCAGAAUGUGUUUUUGUCGCCCCAAAACCAAUUCGCAGAUCCUUGGGUGCUUCAACUUUAGAUGAAAAUAAAGAAGAGAGCCUCAGGGAUAAACUGGUACUCCUUGAGCAGCGGCUGGAGAGUAUGGAGGCCCGUCAUGAAGCACAGAUGCGUGAGAUGCAAGAUACCUUAUCUCAGUUACCUGCGGUGCAACCGAGUCCAGCAAACAAUCUAGGUGCUUCAGCUCAAGGCACAACGACAGAAUCGGACACGCCCAGUGAAGGAGAUAUCGUCGCACGGGGCAUAGUGAGCGAGAGCGAGUGGGAGGAGCUCUACGACUUCUUUUACAACAACUGUCGGGACAUCGUUGCCUUUGUCGACGACCAGCUCUACCCACCUCAGCGCCUUGCAAGACGCCAUGCUUUGAUGUCAACUUUCAUGUGCGCUAUAUCGGCGCGUGCGAUUCGACACGCAAAAUACCCAACAUACCUAGCUGAAGUGGAUGAGCUGGUCAAGAAGACGUUUGUCGGUGCCACCCCGGACCUCCAGUCCAUCAUAACGGUAAUGCUUCUGAGUGCAUGGACUGGUCGAACGAGACUUUGGGGAUAUGUAGCCUCUCUCUCUGCAGAAUUGGGACUGAAUGUGGCUGCAUUGCAACUGGGAGAUGAGUCUAUCGAACACACGGCCAGCCUUGUUUACCGCGCAAGAACGUGGUUUACCUUGUGCUGUUUUGAUUUGACUUUAAACCUUAGUCGGCCGUUCGUGAUUAACAAAAUGAGAGAAUAUCUCCCGCUGGCCAACAAUCUCCUUCGUUCAUCGUACUGCCGGCCAGUCGACUAUCGUAUUUGCGCCUACAUCUCGGGCUUCUCCAUAGCUGCCGACGCCAAAGCACAAUUCCCCAAAGCCCAACUGCAGCUCAACCCACUCAGACAAGCAGAGAUAGACCUACUGCGAUCAUUCGACCAGAGGAUUGACCAGUGGUUCUGCCAGAUAAACAGUACGAGUGGCGCCCAAUGCCAGCACCUUACUCAACCACCCUACCGCAGCGGGCUCCUGAUCUCCUACAUCAACGGGACCGCAAUCCACGGAAUAGAACCAGAAUCAGCCAGCAAACCCCCAGACACAAACCGACUCGAAUUCCUCCAAAAGGCACUCGACAACGCAUCCCUGCUCAUCCGAACCCAAUUCGAGUCCGAUAACUUCCGGCGGCGACUUCGGUAUACCCUAGAUUACAAAGGCGUCCCAACCUACCAGGCAAUAAGCUUCAUCCUAAAAGCAAUCCCUGCAGCACACCAGUACCUCCAAUGCGGAGAGUCCGUGGCCGCCCUGCACCAAGCAGCACAGAUGUUCGAGGAAGCAGGCUGCGCGGACGCUGCAAGGGACGUGCGCCGCGAGCAGAGGAAGAUCGCUCAGCUUACGCAGAUCAUCCUCCCUCAGCCGACUGGUAGCGAUUCUACUGCAGGGUUUGCGUCCAGUACGAAUAGUCAUACUAUUGACGGGAGGACCGCUGGGACCGGGGUCUUGGAUAUUCCUACUUUUCUGGAUACCGCUACUUGGGAUGAGCCAUUUCCGAUUCUUGAUUUGUUUAUGUUUGACUGA